GCUGAAUCCGUGAAGAUGCCGUGUGUCAGCUCUCAUCUCGACCAGAUGGUGAAGAUGCCUUGUGGCUACAGCUCAGUGGUUGAUAAAAUCAUCAUGGUAGAGCAGAUCCUGUCAGAGUUCAGGCUGAAUAAGGAAGAACUAAAAGAAGUCAUGAAGAGGAUGCAGUGUGAGAUGGACAGAGGGCUGCGUUUAGAGACGCACGAAGAGGCCAGUGUCAAAAUGCUUCCAACUUACGUCUGCUCCACCCCUGAGGGAUCAGAGGUGGGAGAUUUCCUGGCUCUAGACCUUGGGGGGACAAACUUCCGUGUGAUGCUUGUGAAGGUGGGUGCAGACGAGGAGAGGAGCUGGAAGGUGGCGACCAAGAACCAGAUGUACUCCAUUCCUGAAGAUGCAAUGACAGGCACGGCUGAAAUGCUCUUUGACUACAUAGCAGAGUGCAUGUCAGACUUUUUGGACAAACAUCAUAUCAAACACAAGAAGCUUCCUCUUGGUUUUACCUUCUCCUUUCCUGUACGACAUGAAGACAUUGACAAGGGUAUCCUGCUUAACUGGACCAAAGGCUUCAAAGCUUCUGGGGCAGAGGGGAACAAUGUUGUCGGUUUACUUAGAGAUGCUAUCAAGAGACGAGGGGACUUUGAGAUGGAUGUGGUUGCAAUGGUAAAUGACACGGUAGCCACCAUGAUUUCCUGCUAUUACGAGGAUCGCAGCUGCGAAGUUGGGGUGAUUGUUGGUACUGGUUGUAAUGUCUGUUACAUGGAGGAGAUGAGGACUGUGGAGCUGGUAGAAGGGGAGGAGGGCCGGAUGUGUGUGAACACAGAGUGGGGGGCAUUCGGAAACAACGGCGAGCUGGAGGAGUUCAGGUUGGAGUACGACAGAGUGGUGGACGAGACCUCAAUUAACCCCGGAAAGCAGCUAUAUGAGAAGCUGAUCAGUGGGAAGUAUAUGGGCGAGCUGGUCAGGCUUGUUCUGAUGAAGCUGGUGAAUGAGGACCUGCUGUUUAACGGUGAAGCCUCAGAGCAGCUCAAGACACGUGGCAGCUUUGAGACGCGCUACAUCUCACAGAUAGAGAGUGACACUGGGGACAGAAAACAAAUCUACAACAUCCUGUCCUCAGUAGGUGUUCUGCCGUCAGAGCUGGACUGUGACAUUGUGCAUCUGGUCUGUGAGAGUGUUUCCACUCGCUCUGCUCACAUGUGCGGCGCAGGGCUUGCUGGUGUGAUCAACCUGAUGCGGGAGCGACGCAGCCAGGAAGCCCUGAAAAUCACAGUGGGGGUUGACGGAUCUGUCUACAAGUUACACCCAUGUUUCCGCGACAAGUUCCACAAAAUCGUCAGGGACCUCACACCUCACUGUGAGAUCACCUUCAUCCAGUCGGAGGAGGGGAGUGGUCGUGGAGCCGCCCUCAUCUCAGCAGUCGCCUGUAAAAUGGCUGCUUCCAUGCUGACACAGUAAAGGGAGCUGUGCACUGAGCUGUUCCCCGGCACGACAGCGGUGAAGACUGAACUCUGAUCUGAGAACAUGAUGACGCACGUUCACUCAGUCGGCAGCUCCGGCCUUUUUCAGGCUCUGAAGGAUGUGUGUCACAGCAAACUGGACGCUCACAGCUGGAAGAUGUACAGACAAGACAGCAACUUGUAUUAUACUGUAUUUGGUAGCAUUAGACCAACUUGUAGCAAUUUUUCAAUGUUACUUGUGUAUCACUGCCUGUUGAUAGUGUUUGGGUGUAGAAACAGCCCAUUUCAAAAAUGGCCGAUGUAUUAUUGAUGAUAUAUUAUAAUACCUGUGCAAACCUAUGUACAAGUCAAGGAUUCUUUUUGUAAAUGCUAUUGUAAACUACAUCCAAGUCAUUGCUUUGUUGUGUAGUAAUUCUUGUUUAUGAGCAACAAAAUAUUUAUCUGUAUAUUUUAAUUCAAUGUUUACAGCUUUAUGUGUGUUAGCCAGUGGGUUGUAAUUUUUCAUAUGUGCAUAAUGAAAUGUGCUUUGGAUGUGAAUAAGCCUCACUGUAAAUAAAACUG